UGUUGAAUAACAGCGCCCACGAUGACUGUGAGAGGUUUAAAGAAGGUGACUGUCUCCCAGAAUGGGGUGGGAGCUUUCAUCCUCCAAUGUCACAAACUCUCGUUUCAUUACUGUGACUGGGCCGGCAGCUCAAGGGGAAUGAACUCUUUCCUUCGCAAUUCUCUCCAGAGGUUCGCCGUUGCAAACCCUCAAAUCGAAAUCGAAGUCUCCCCACGCCCACGAAGACACCCAGUCAUCAUCGGACAUUACAUUGGUGGACGACAAAAGGCUAUAUGUGUGCGGAAUCUACAGAAGGAACAGAUAAUGCAGAAAGCGGAACUGCUACGGGAUGCUAGCGGAGAGAAGUUGAAGAGAGUGACAAAGCCAGUGAAGAGUAUCAACGAGAGUGUAAGAGGCGUAUGGAGUCCUUAUUAUGGCGGCGGCAUUACCGUAUGAGGGAGGACUAGAUGAAAUAGAUACGUGUAUCAUAUGUGUGUGCAUUGGCGACGGCGUUUUGGAGACUGACAGAAGUUUAUACUCCUGAGCUCUCUUGCUUGAGAAUAAGUCAGGGAAUUGCAGCCUCUUUGAAGCAGGAGUCUCUGCGUCUUUCUCGGCAAUACAAUGUAAAAGAUGUUGAGACCAGUCCCAGCAUUGCAGGAGAUAUCUACAGUGCUCGGCAAAACCCCGUAUCAGUGGAAAUAUCUCCUCUCUGACUGUUAGCGGGCAGUUUCUCUGCUCAACGCCCCAAUUGCAAUUUAUGUUCCUCG